GCUCCGCUCCCGCCGCCGCCGCCGCUCCGCUCCCCGCGGGAGGCUGCGCGGGUCGGGCGCGGAGCCGUCCCGCGCCGGCCAUGGCCUAGCGGGCGGCCGGGGGCAGAAGAUGAGUUUCCCCGCGGAGGACGGCGUGGGCAGCCUCUGCCACAAGGCGCUGCAGAUCAUCUCGGAGCUCUGCCUGGGCGGGCAGGUGGAGAGGGAGAAGUGCGCCGGCAUCUUCCCCCUGGAGACCGCCCGCCAGGGCAUCGGCGGCACAGACAUCUCAGUCAGUCUGUUAGCAGUAGUCGUCAGCUUCUGCGGGCUCGCCUUGCUGGUAGUCUCACUUUUUGUCUUUUGGAAGUUGUGUUGGCCCUGCUGGAGAAGCAAACCUCUCACUUCCAAUGCCAGUAAUGUCCCUCAGAGCAACUCCAGUGCUCCUACGGAGGUAUUUGAGACCAGUGAGAAAAAGGAAGUUAAAGAAAAUGGGAAACCUACAACAAAGGUACUUGAAGCUGCAUUGAAAAUUAGCCACACUUCACCUGAUAUACCAGCAGAGGUCCAGAACGCACUGAAAGAACAUCUGAUCAGACAUGCACGCAUGCAGAGGCAGAUCACCGAGCCCACAUCGUCAUCAAGGCACAAUUCUUUCAGGAGGCACUUGCCAAGGCAGAUGCAGGUGUCCAGUGUUGAUUUUAACAUGGGAACAGAUCCGAUUUUGCAAAGGGGAGAGACAACAACCAGCAUUGGGAGAAUAAAACCGGAACUCUACAAACAGAAGUCUGUGGAUUCUGAUGGGCAACAAGAAGAUGUGAAAACAUGUGGAAAACUUAACUUCACUCUCCGGUAUGAUUAUGAGAAUGAACUUCUGGCUGUCACAAUUGUCAAAGCCUUAGAUCUGCCUGCUAAAGACUUCACAGGAACAUCCGACCCCUACGUUAAGAUUUAUCUGCUUCCAGACAGGAAAAAGAAGUUUCAGACACGAGUUCACAGAAAGACAUUAAAUCCUGUCUUUGAUGAAACCUUUCAGUUUCCUGUAGCCUAUGAUCAACUCAGCAACAGGAAAUUGCAUUUCAGUGUUUAUGAUUUUGACAGAUUUUCUAGACAUGACAUGAUUGGGGAAGUUAUUCUUGAUAACCUUUUUGAAGUCUCAGAUCUCUCCAGGGAAGCCAAUGUAUGGAAAGACAUCCACUGUGCCACCACAGAAAGCAUAGAUUUGGGUGAGAUCAUGUUUUCCCUUUGUUAUUUGCCUACUGCUGGGAGAAUGACAUUAACAGUCAUCAAAUGUAGGAAUCUCAAAGCAAUGGAUAUAACUGGCGCAUCAGAUCCAUAUGUCAAAGUGUCACUGAUGUGUGAGGGUCGAAGACUGAAAAAGCGGAAAACGACCACGAAGAAGAACACGCUCAAUCCCGUUUAUAACGAGGCCAUCAUCUUUGAUAUCCCUCCAGAGAAUGUGGACCAGGUCAGCCUCUCCAUUGCAGUGAUGGAUUACGAUCGUUACCUGGCCGAGCAACCAGUUUUGAUAGCCAGGGAUCUUGUUCAUCACCAAAACCACCGCUUACGCCCUAGGGAACAAGAGUGGAUUCAUCGUGUUCAGUGUCCAAAGCUCCCUUGUAGCUCACAUCAACAUAAACAGAAGGUUUGGCUUCCGCAGAUGAACUGUAUCCAUAUUUUUUUAUUAAAAUACAUUUUUCCUAUUCUAAGUCUUAUAUUACAGUUUAUAAUAAUUUCUUAAUGUAUGAAUGAAGUUGACUUGAGCCAAAUAUAACCCUUCCUCAUACGAAUUCAUUCACCUGUUUUCUCGCUGGCCUAUGUCCAGUGUCAUAUCCAAGCAGUGUUUUGAUAUGACCUAUAUCUUUGCAUAGACAAAGAAAUCAGAAAAAAAAUCCCUUAAGCAAUUCAAAACCACUGCAGCUUGUAACACCUAAUUCUUUUGAGGGAGAACAAUUAGUCAUAUAUAGCUCAUGUAGUAAAUUUCUUCUAAAUUGCACUAAAUCCUGUAUGACUUCUCAAGGUAACACUUCAAACUGAAUGUUGCAUGAAAAAACAACUGUUGUCAUGUUUCGAGUGUUUGGAAAAUCAGUUCAUUCCUUGGGCAGGGAGGAAGGGCUGAUCAAAAGCCCACCGAAGCCGAUGAGAAAGACCCUACCGGCUUCACUGGGUUUUAGUUCAGCCUUUAUGGAACAGGUCUUACAACUGGAUCUAUGCAGUUAUAAUCUUCCAGCAAUCAAGAUGCCUGCUGCCCCUGCAAGAACUCGUUAGCCUGUCCAGCAAAACAACCAGGCAGUGCGCCCGGGCAGGUGGCUGUACUCAGCGGCCGUUUUGCUUCAGCUGCCCACCGGCUGAUGAAGAGCUAGCUCGGAUGUCUCUGCGUGGCACUGACCAGCGCACGUACGGGUAUCGUUGUGGGAAGCUAAUGUGUCUGCAAUGAGUUGUGUGGAAGUUGAUGCAGCUCCACAGAGAUGUAGGUGUCUCCUGAUGAGGUGCAUCCAGCCUCUUUGGAGCAGCCCAUUUGCUGCUGGCAUCAUGCAGUCCUUACUUGGUCUUUACGCAGGUCAAACUGUAGAUAAGAGAAUGCUCUGAAGUAAAGGGAUUGAUUUAACGCAUUUUAGCUCUUCAAAAAAUUGGCCAAAACUGCAGCUACACACCACAUUUUUCUGAUUCUUGAUUUAAUGUGACGGUAUUAGAUUUCUCUGAAGUUAUUUUGAGUAAGUGCAUAGCUCAAGUGGAAUAGUUUCUGGUCCCUGGCUGGAUGUCUCUAGAAUUAUAUGCUAAAUAUGAAUUUGAGACAUGUUUUGUGUCAAUAUAUGGAGAGAGAAAUUGAAAUGUAGCAAUUUUAUAAACUCAUUUAUCAGAAUACACAGUGACAGCAAAUGCAAAAAGUAUUGGCUGAAGUGAGCUGCUUUAAAAACUGGAAGAGACCUACAUAUUAUUUUGUGGAUUUAGCUCUUUUUAACGCUGCAGUUUACCUCAAUCAGAUAGUUAGUUUCGUCUUUUCUUUUUUCGUGGUUUUUUUUUUUUCUUUCUGCAAAGACCAUGGCAAAGACUGCAUGAUUGGGACUGAGAUUUUGAAAGCUGAACUGCAACUAGAAAAAAGUUGAGGUGAUGGCUCUGUUUGUAUCUUUGUCAUGUAUAAAGAAAACUGAGAAGAUAGUAUUUUCCAAAACAGAAGAAAAGUGUCAUACACGAGAAAAAUGUCAGUGGAAGAUUGGUUUACGAUAAGGGAAGAAUUUGUGAGAAUUAAUCAGUUAUGAAGGGAAAAGGCAGGUUAGACAGCCUUCUGAAGAACCAUUUUAGCUUGGUUAGUUUGGGCUGGUGACACAGAAUACAUUUAUGAAGAUCCAGUCCCUCCAUUCCACGAACUAAUCUCUGAGACAGUGAAAUAUGCCUUGAAGUGUCUUAACUGCUCCAGGAAAGUUAGGA